AUGGCAUCUUCCUCCCACAACUCCCGCUCGUCUGGCUCGUCGGUCUCCUCCAAUGGCUCUUCAUAUCAGCUGAUACUGGACCACAUCCUUAGCUAUCCCGGCAGCUAUGAGAUCCCACUCCGGACAAUGUACACACUCAAUAGUCAACCACGCGGCCAACCACAACCAGGCACACCGACAUCGAGCACUAGCAGCUCACCGAGCAUUCCUCAAGCCAACUUCGACCAAACUCAGACAUCUCAGACCUUUACUCAGAAUCUCGUCUCGCAGCUCCAGAAUUUGCCGAGCCAGCACGCUGCAAUGCCUCCUAGCUUCAUUACACAUUUUGUCCAGCGAUGCUUUCCUCCGGAGCUGACCCAUGUCGACUUUCCCCAAGCGCUGACUGGACUCGACUACCUCAAGGAUCUCGAAACACGGAGACGGCGUGAGGUCGCGGCAGCAAUGGAUCGGCUUGAGAUUGCUCGGGAUGCGCUAGCUCAAGACUCGGACCUUGCGAAGCGGUAUCCCGGUGUGGUGCAGUGGGUGCAAUCGAUCGAAGACAAGGAGCGCAAGAUCGAUGUGCUGUACACGCAAGUGUACGUUGGCCUGCGUCGAUGGAUCCUGAUCAACGAACUAUCACUUCCCCCUUUCAACAAGCACAAUUGCGUGGCAAUGCUCAAUACGCUCUAUCCUCCAAUGGGCAUGCCAGCACAACCAACCACAAAGCUUACUCCUGCUGUCCUGAAAACCCAACGUGAGGGCUUCUUCAAGUACGUCCAAGCCGUUGAGAAGAGCGGUCCUCACAUACUCAAGAAUCUCAUGGCUCAAGGCAAGGACGAGCAGCACGGAGACAAGUACGGCUGGGCAGCCGUCGUCAGGACUCUCAGCAUGUACCUCCAGCUGGCCAACAGCAUCAUCAACGACUGUGUGGCCAUUGUUGAUAUCCAGGAUGUGUCGCCACAGCAGAAAUGCGAGCCGAAUCAAUCACGGCACACCCGCAAAGCCGACUCUGGGAUCAGCUUCACAAGCUUCAAGGAUGAAUGUCGACCUUCAACACGAGGCUCCAACAGCGACAUGCCCGUGUCACCUACAGAAUCGACACGACCAAAGACACCAAGCGGCGUCCGAUCAGGCACUGCUCUUGAGAAGCUGGCUCGCGGUCUUAAAGGCAUUGGUCGAAGCAGGACCGACGUGACAGAAAUGAUCCGCGAUGAGUCCGCUCCAGCUCUGGCAGCAGUCGAAAGACCAAAGAUGCUUCGAAAGAUGCGCAGCUUGGGCUCAUUAGGCGACCGCAAAGGCAGCCUGACUUCUCUCACUGGUCAAGGCUCAGCCGCACCAGUAUUCGAAGAGACUCUGGAAAUGCGAAAGCUCCGCCUAAAGAGCGAAGCAGUCUUUGACAAGCGAUCAAGCAACGAUGUGUGA